GUAAAUGAACCUUCAAUAAACUCAAGAAGAAGACAUACAGGAAGUCAGACAACAACAGACUCAUGCCUGCAGUGCCGUUAGGUGAUGGCUGAGAUGGAAGAAACGGACUUUAAUGAUAUUUUAGACGACUGGUUUAUCGAGUCCCUGAAAACGUACAAAGACCUCCAUGAGUAUCAGCUGGACCAUCCGACCCAGGUCCUGGAGUGGACAUCAGGGAGGACCGUGUGCGUCGCAGGAUACAGCUCGUCUAAAAAUGAAAUUCUGGAGCUGCGUUUACCUCUGAAACUCUUUGCCGAUGAAAACAAGGGUCUUUGUGCAGAACGGGACUUCAAAGUUGUCCACGGUGGGUUCUCAGAGGGUCCGGUUCGCUGCCUCAGACACGUCCCAGGAACCAGGUGAGACUGUGAACCAUAAGAGAC